AUGCCGACGUUCGGGUCCCUGCUCAAGAAGAAAAAGACGCAUUCGACAGGUUCGAAGGAGUUGUCCACUUCAUCAGCCACAGAGACAUCAGCAUCCGACAAACCCGGCGACGAGACGUCGGAGCAGCAUUCGAAGGAAUCGAAGGAAUCGAACGACAGCAAUAACAGCUACAACAGCGCUGGCUCGACCGGCACCGAGACGAACAACAUCAAAACCGGCUCGAAMGACAAUCAGAUGACAUUGACAUCGUCAACAAACCAGCAAAAUGCGCAAGGCGCGAAUAAUUCGUCGUCACAUAAUCACCAUCACCUGCCGAAUAUCGGCAGCAUAAAAAGCAUUAUCAACCCUACGCACCAUCAACAUGGAAACGAAUCACAGGCGCAAGGCCAAGCCGAGAACAACAACAAUAACAGUGUAUCACAGGGCCAAUUGCCCAAGUCGCAAUCAGCCCGACAGACCAAAGGCAAAUAUUCGCUAGAAGAUUUCUCGCUGCAGCGAACAUUAGGAACCGGAAGUUUUGGCCGGGUGCAUUUGGUGCAGUCGAGACACAAUCAUCGCUUCUAUGCGAUCAAAGUGUUGAAAAAGGCCCAGGUGGUCAAGAUGAAGCAAGUGGAACACACGAAUGAUGAGCGGAGGAUGCUUCAACGGGUGAAGCACCCGUUUCUCAUUACGCUGUGGGGCACUUUUCAGGAUUCGAAGAAUCUAUAUAUGGUUAUGGACUUUGUGGAGGGUGGAGAGCUUUUCAGUUUGCUACGAAAAUCGCAGAGGUUCCCCAAUCCUGUGGCCAAGUUUUAUGCUGCGGAAGUGACGUUGGCGUUAGAAUAUUUGCAUGCGCAACAUAUCAUCUACCGAGAUCUCAAGCCCGAGAAUUUGCUGCUGGACCGGCACGGGCAUCUAAAGAUUACCGACUUUGGCUUCGCCAAGGAAGUCCCGGAUAUCACAUGGACGUUGUGUGGAACGCCAGACUAUCUUGCACCGGAGGUUGUAUCCUCCAAGGGAUAUAAUAAAUCAGUGGACUGGUGGUCAUUGGGCAUUCUCAUAUUCGAGAUGCUUUGCGGCUUCACGCCGUUCUGGGACAGCGGAUCCCCCGUCAAGAUAUACGAGAACAUUCUCCGAGGCAAAAUUAAAUACCCUCCCUACAUGCAUCCAGAUGCCGUCGAUCUUUUGUCGCAGCUCAUCACUCCAGAUUUGACAAAGAGACUGGGUAACCUUCACGGCGGCCCCGAAGAUGUCAAGAACCAUCCCUGGUUCGCCGAAGUAACUUGGGAGAGGCUGUUGAGAAAGGAUAUCGAUGCUCCGUAUGUUCCGCCCGUGAGGGCUGGACAGGGAGAUGCUAGUCAAUUCGACAAGUAUCCUGAAGAGAGUGAAGCAUACGGCAGCACUGGAGAAGACCCAUAUCACAACCUUUUCACCGAAUUCUGA